AUGUAUGAAGAUAUGUUUACACCACCGAAUAAUCAUAUUUCGACUCUACAUAAUGAAAGAGAACCCUAUAAUACAACAAAGUCUACUUCCUCUAUGCAAGAGGAUAUCAAUGAUUUUAAUAAAGAGCUUCUUGAUUUCUACAAUAUGGGCUUUAACAAACAGGUUUUAUCCGCCUCACAAUUAGAACAUGUUGUAAAAACAAGAGGAAGAUUUAUUAUAAAGAGUUCGUCCACCAAUCCCUAUUACAAUUUGGCGUUAGAAAACUAUGUUUUCAAAAAUACACCAAAGACUAGAAAAGGCUUUGAUAACUGCAGACUAUUAUUUUAUAUCAACGACAAAUGCGCAAUUAUUGGUAAAAAUCAAAAUCUGUGGCAAGAAGUCGAUCUCAUCAAACUGAAGAGCAAUAAUUUUGAGCUACUGAGAAGAUUUUCUGGAGGUGGCACGGUGCUCCAUGACUUGGGAAAUGUUAAUUAUUCGUUUUUGACAUCAAGAGAAAAAUUCGAAAAAACAUUUUUUAAUAAAAUGAUAAUUAAGUGGCUAAACUCAUUCAGUCCCAAACUAGGGUUGGAAUUGAACGAUAGAGGAGACAUUAUUCAGAAUGGGUUUAAAGUUAGUGGCAGCGCCUAUAAAAUUGCGGGAGGGAAGGCAUAUCAUCAUGCAACAAUGUUGCUUACUGCUGAUUUGAAACAAUUCAGUGGUCUGCUGGAACCUUCAUUACCGGAGAAUAUGGAAUGGGAAUCAAGUGGCGUGCAUAGCGUAAAAUCUAAAAUAAAGAAUGUUGGCAUGAUCAAUCCUAAUCAAUUUGUUGAGCUGGUGUCCGAAUGCUUUCAAAAAAGCUUCAAAGUUGACGAAGAAAUACCUACGUAUAUCUGUGACGAAUUUAAAAGCACAAACGAUGAUAUUAAAGAUGCUAUGAAUACCUUACAAAGCAAUAAAUGGAAAUAUUUCUCUGGACCCAAGUUUUCAGUGAGAAUUAAGGAUAAGAAUCUAAAAAUUAAAGUCGAAAAGGGUAUGAUUUAUGAGUGUAGUAGAAAUGAUUUGAUCGGCUUGGAAUUCAAAGGCUUUUUGGAAAAUAUUGAUAGUUAUACAUAA